ACAUAUUCUUAUCACUUUUAAAAAGAACAGCAAAGUAAAAAGGUCGCUGCUAAUGAAAUUGUUAUUUAUACAAAAUUAAAAUAAUAAUUGUGAAUAAUUGUGAAAAAAUAAGCUUUGUGUAAUGCAUAAGGUGUUAGUAUUUGUGUAUUGUGCUAUAAUUGCAUUCAUACUAGUUUCUACAGCAGAAGCUAAAGGUGGAAGAGGUGGUGGAGGUAGAAGUGGCGGCAGAAGCAGUGGAAGAAGUUCUAGUGGAAGAGGAGGUUUUUUUGGUAGUAGUAAAAGUAGUAGCAGUAGUAGUUUUGGUAGUGGUAAAAGUAGCCACUUUGGAGGCAGUCAUGGAGGCUCACAUACCAGUGGUGGCUGGGUUAAUGGUUUCUUUCACAGUACACCUUACCGUUACAGCUACAGACCCAUCUAUAUAAGUAGAACUAGUACACAUACAGGUUCAUAUCAUGUACCAAACAAAGAAGAAGAGGAAGCAACAGAUCACAAUAAAGAUACCGGAAAUUAUGCUGUGGGUUACUCCAUUAGUAAGGCAUUAAGCAAUGACUUUUUCUCCAUUUUUAAUGUGGUCCAUGAUAUUUCAAAAUAUCCCGAAAAAAUCAGAAAUAAGGAACUAACAACUACAACAACACAAAGUCCAGUAGAUACAUAUGAUUUAAACUACAUUAUAAAUACCCCCUAUACAACAACUAGGUCAAUAUAUGAUACUGAUCCUAAAUCAUAUUUUCUUGAUGAUGAUACUCUUUUCGAUAUGAUGACAUCGAAAAAGACCUCGGAUGAAAACAUUCAUCAAGAUUAUGAUGCAAAGCAAUCCAGUGUCGAAAAUUUAGAUAAUGUUCUUGAAGAAUCAGCUACAGAAAGCACUACUACGGUUGUUGAUUACAUCAAAUCCAAUUCUGAUUUUAAACCUAUUUCUUGGAGGGAUAAUACUAUGUCCAACACAGGAAUAAUUUCGGAUUACAACGAUGAAAGUAUUCAGAAAAUGUUGAAAGGGAUUCAAUCAAGCGUUGUAAAUUUUGAUAAUAUUUCAGAAGGUGGUACUUUUAAAAGAACUGAGAAGAAAGAUCCAAAUGAAUCAGUUGAUGAAAUGUUGAAGCAAUUACAGAAAAAUAUGGAAUCGUUUAAAUUGUAUUAGUAAUAUAUUAUUUCCGCAUUUAUAGUUAUAAUUUGGGUUCUAAUAUUUAGAAAUAGAUUUAGGCAUAAGUUUAUAUUUUAAUACAUUUUUAUUCACUAUCAGUUGAAAAUAAAUGAAAAUUUUUUAUAACAAA